AUGGCGUCGCGCAAGGUCUUAUCCGCAUUGCGCGCGCUGAGGCGGCCGCUGUCGCCGCCGCCGCUGCUGCUGCUGCUGCUCCUCGGGCCGUGGGCCGCGGCGGGCCAUGCCGGCAAGUACUCGCGGGAGAAGAACGAGCCCGCGCCGCCCUCGAAGCGCGAGCCCGCGGCGGAGUUCCGCAUGGAGAAGCUGAACCAGCUGUGGGAGAAGGCCCAGCGGCUGAACCUUCCUCCUUUGAAGUUGUCCGACCUCCACACCGAUCUGAAGAUUCAAGAACGGGAUGAAUUCAAAUGGAAGAAGCUGAAGGCUGAGGGCCUGGAUGAGGACGGGGAGGAGGAGGCGAAGCUGGUCCGCAGCCUCAGCGUCAUCCUGGCCAAGUACGGUCUGGACGGCAAGAAGGACUCGCGGGUCGUGAGCAGCAACUUCAUCGACCACGGUGCCGAUGACAACAGCCUGGAGGACCCCCGGCUGGAGAAGCUGUGGCACAAGGCGAAGACCUCGGGGAAGUUCUCCAGCGAAGAGCUGGACAAGCUGAGGCGGGAGCUGCAGCACCACAAGGAGAAGGUGCAGGAGUACCACGCGCUGCUGGAGACCCUGGGCAGGACCGAAGAAAGCCACGAGAACGCCAUCGGGCCGGUGGACCUGAGCGGCAUGCAGGCGGAAGCACUGGCGAGCAGGCACGCGGAGCUGAAGGACCGGCUGCGGAACAUUGGCCAGGGCUUCGACCGGCUACGCAGGGUCAGCCAACAGGGCUACAGCGCGGAGACCGAGUUCAUGGAGCCGCGGGUGCUGGACCUCUGGGACAUGGCCAAGUCAGCCAACUUCACCGAGAAGGAGCUGGAGUCCUUCCGGGAGGAGCUCAAGCACUUCGAAGUUAAAAUCGAAAAGCACAACCAUUACCAGAAGCAGCUAGAAAUUUCUCACCAGAAGCUGAAGCACGUGGAGAGCUUCGGGGACCAGGAGCACAUCACCCGCAACAAGGAGCGGUACGCCAUGCUGGAGGAGAAGACCAAGGAGCUGGGCUACAAGGUGAAGAAGCACAUGCAGGACCUCUCCAGCCGCGUCUCCAGGGCCCGCCACAACGAGCUCUGA